AAAUUAAAUUAAUAUUUUCCUUUCUACCUCAUCAACCAUCGCCUAAUGUAAGUAGGGUUUAAGCAUUUUGCAUAGCGUUUGCCAUGGCGGUUUGAAGUUUCGCGGCGAAAUGUAAACUCCGACCACCGUACACACUCUUCCGAUCAACGAUGACGUACGGUCGUUUCUCUCUUCUUCUAACCAGACGCUUCUCUCUUUCUUCCCUAAACCCUAAAUCCCCAUUCUUCCUAAAACCCUACUCCACCAUCCCAGACACUACCUCGAACCAGAACAACCCAAAACCCUCUUCCCUCUCCGCACGUCUCAGCUUCGUCUUCGACCAAAUCGACGUCAUUGAAAAAGAGCGCUCCCAAAAGCACGACACGCUUCAACGAAUUCGCGCUUGGCGCGAAUCCAAAACCGCGCAAAACGACGUCGUUGUCACUCGCGAGCAGCCGGUACCGCCGGAACCAACAACUCCGGCGGCUUAUGAAGUCAUUAGCCCUGCGGAGGUGACGAAGAAGGAGGUGGAGCUGGUUCACCCGUGGCCGGAGUGGAUUCAGUUGAUGGAGAGGCUGGUGCACCAGAACUACUUUGACCACAAGAGGACGGAUGAGGAUAAAAUGGUCCAGGAUUUAGGGUUUGAACCUCCCAAGGUUGUAGAUGAUGCGGGGCUCGAUUUUACGAAGGAUUUGAAGAGCGUUCUCGAGGCGUGCCUCAAUUUUGGGAGGGACCGUUUCGAUAUUUUGAGGUCCUUGUCGAGGCAGGAUAUUCAAAUUUUGGUUGGUUUUGGAUGCCCCACUGUGGACAAAAGAGUGGUUUUCUCUUCUAAAGUCUUAAGAAAGCAUGUCCACCUUGACGAAGGAGAUGUCUGCAGUUCCUGCAUCUUGAGAAACACUUGUGAGAAGGCAUACCUGCUGACAAACAAAGAGGACGAGGCACGGACUAUUGAUGUCAUGCGGCUCCUACUGACUUUUGGUUUUGAUCCUAUUAAUGGAUCGGUCGUCAAUAAGUCACUUCUGAAGCAAAAGUCUGUCAGAACAGUGGUUCGUAAAUUGCUUCAUGAAGUUGUCAAGCUGAGUUCAGUUCCUAUUGAUCCCAAUCUCUCUCCUCCUGUGUUUAAAAAGCCUCCCCCAAAAGUGAAGCAACCUCCUCCUCCUCCAAAGAGACGUGUUGGACGAGAUGAUAUUGAGAUGAAAAAAGGGGACUGGCUAUGUCCUAAGUGUGAUUUCAUGAAUUUCGCAAAGAAUAAUGCUUGCCUACAGUGUGAUGCGAAGCGUCCUAAGAGACAGUUGCUUCCAGGAGAAUGGGAAUGUCCCCAGUGCAACUUCUUGAAUUACAGGAGGAAUGUGGUAUGCUUUCAUUGUGAGUGUAAACGUCCACCUGAUGAAUUUCUGGAGAAUAAAAUGCAAGAUAGAAAUCACAGUCCUAAACCUAAGUUUGAUAAGAUGGGCAGCCGACAAGAGGUUUCCAAUGCCUGGAAUUUCGACUUUGAUGACAAUGAAUCAGAUGGUGCAGAUGUUGCUGCUUUUGAGUAUGCAGAUGCCCAUGCUAUAGAUGAAGAUUUUCCUUCAGAUAACAAUGCUCGGCGUGGAAAUUAUAAGGGACGGGAAGAUGAUUUUGAGAAAAACGGCAGACUGCAAGGGUCCCAUGAUGGAGAAUAUGCUAAUCCUGAUCAUUCUAGACCUAGAAUAGGGUUUGAUGAUUUUGAGGAUGAGGAUGAUAUAGAUAGUUAUGAGCUAGAAACUCAAAAUAGUAGCACAAGAAUGGAACCAUCAAAAAAUAAUAUUUCAGAAACUGAAGACUAUUUGGAGUCAGAAGAUUCUGAUGACACUUAUGAUAAAAUUCUUACACGUGACAAAACAGCUACUGGAAGAAGCAGACAGAACCGCUCAAUUCGCAAGAAUACAUCUUACACUGGAUCCAAGGGUGAUAAACUAGAUUUUGAUUCAGAUGAAGAACUGUCUGUUCUUUCCAAUUUCAAAUCUAGCCAUGUUUCUGCUGCUGGCCAGAAAAGAAAAGACAGAGGUCCAACCAAGAAAUUAAGCUUUGGUUCUGAAUCUGAUGUAGAUGUUGGUGCUGGUUUAUACUCUGAUGAGGAUGAUGAUUUAAAUGAGUCAUAUGCAUCCAGAAAGAAUAAAGGAAACAAGUUUGAUCCAUCUAGACAGAGUCAAGGGAGUGGACGUGAUUCUGGGAGAAGGAACUUUACUAGAGACUGGGGGUCUGGAUCUAGUGGUGGUCGCAGAGCAGAUAUGCUCAGUGAUGAUGAUUUUGAUGGACCAUCCUCUUACAGGAAUGGUGACAGGAGGUCUGGAUCUAGGGGUGGUCGUAGAGCAGAUAUGCUUAGUGAUGAUGAUUUUGAUGGAUCAUCCCAGCAAUCUUACAGGAAUGGCAGAGGUGGUAGAGGAUCAAGGGGAAAUGACCGUAAUUCGAAGAGUUUUGAAGAUUUUGAUGGAUCAUCCCGACAAUCUUACAGGAAUGGUAGAGGUGGUUCACGGGGAAAUGAUCGUAAUUUUGAAGAUUUUGAUGGAUCAUCCCGACAAUCAUACAGGAAUGGUAGAGGUGGUUCACGGGGAAAUGACCGUAAUUUUGAAGAUUUUGAUGGAUCAUCCAGAAAAUCUUACAGGAAUGGUGGAGGGUCACGGGGAAAUGACCGUAAUUUUGAUGGAUCAUCCCGACAAUCUUUCAGGGGUGGUAGAGGAUCACGUGGAAAUGGCCGUGGCAGGAAGAGUUUUGAUGAUUUUGAUGGAUCAUCCCGACAAUCUUAUAGGAAUGGUAGAGGGUCUCAAGGAAAUGAUCGUCCUAAGCGGAGAUUUGAAGACAGGGAGCAUGGCACAAGACAUUUUGACAAAUAUAGUAAGGAUGAGAAAGGUGCUGGUGAAUUUAGAAAUAGUAGGCGUGUGAUUGAAAGAUAGCACCAUAGCUCCACGAACUCAGUUUGUUGUUGCAGAUAACUGCUGCUGCUGAUAGCCAAAGCCAAAUGUGGUACAAGCCUCAAAAGGUCAGUGUGAUUCAUGGAUUGUUUGUUGUUUAAUUUCCAUGAAAACGACCAGAGAGCAAAAUCAUGGAUAAACUUUUCCCUUCCAAUGUACCUAUGCCACAUGAUUUGAGAAAAGAUAACAAAGAGUUGGCUCGAAGUUAGGCGAAUAAGUUAUGUCUGUGUGGUACUAUUCAUCGGCAAAGUUAAAUUGCCAUAUGUGAGCGGUUCUGCCCUGCCAUUAUGGAUUUAUCCAAAAUAUAUUAGCCAUGAAAUAACCAUAUUCUUUUUUCCUAAUAAAAAAAAGUAAGCAAUGAUGUUUUUGUAACCAACAGUGUAGUUGUGCAGGAUCAUGAAUUCGAUAAUUUUGAAUGCAAUAUAUAUUUCACUCCUGUUA